AUGAAUGUGACGGUCUCAUAUGCACAGCGAGGUUCGUAUUCGCAGGAGGCGAGCGGCGUGCACUUCCACCUGUCGGCGCUGCAAAUGGUGCUGCCGCCGGUGAUCGUGGUGCGACUGCUGCAGCACCGGCUGCUGGGCACCGCGCAGGCGGCGCGCCGCGGGGCGCCGUCCCGCGCUAGCAUCGCUUCCGAGAACCGAAGCCGCGCGGGCUCGUCGGCCGACACCGAGGAGUCGCUGCGCGAGCGGCGCCACAUUGCACUGACCGUCAACUGCGCGCCACCUGGGCCGGCUUCCUGGGCACGGGCCUCGUCCGUCGAGGAGCGCCGGGAGUCCAUCCGGCACGCCGACAACAAACAGGUGACUGUGGUGGCUCCCGAUGGCGGGCCCGAUCUCUCGCCGGCGUCAUCUCCGGCGGGGCGGCGGACCUUCAAGUUUUCGAGCCUCAAGAAGCGCGCAAGCAAGGCGCCAGCCGCCAGCCAAGACCAGCCCUCCCGGACGACCAGCGAGGCCGACAUUGCGGCUUUUCAGAAGGAGCUACAGAACCUCCCAAACUUUGAGACGCUGACUGGCUCGAGCGACACCUUUACGGAUGGAAGCGGUCUCGACGGGGUGGGCUACGCGCGACCACGCUCCUGCUCGGUGCCGCGUGUCACUUUCGAAGCGGCGUCCCUCCAGCUGCCGCACGGACAUGGCCCACUCAUCCGCAGUGCCACCACGGAGGGGGCCUACACGGGUUCAUCGGUGAGCAAGCCCGCUGCGGCAGGCCUCGCGACAUCUGCGACCGUCGCUGGGCCCGCCGCGCCACAGUCGGCCACCUCUGUCCCACAGCCUGUCCAACAGUCGCUCCUCACGGAAGCCAAGCGGCAGAAACUUCGCCCCCAAAAGGUCGCGCGGUUGCUAUCUGAGAAGCUGCGAGAGCACGUCCUCUCUGAACUGCUGCAUGUGGGUAAAGCGCUCAGGCUGCAGCUGGUCCUAUAG